UAUUAACCGUUCGAGUCGGUUUUUCAAGUCACACAACUAAAUCUUUCCUCCUCCUCGUUCUCCGCUAAAAUAAUAAUUACUUUACUUUCACCGGCUGUUUUUUUUUUGUUUCCUUUUCUGUGAAACAAAAUGCCUUUAGAGUUUGAGCUGUGUCCCGGUCGGAUGAUCGGAGGAAGUCAUCCGUGUUUCAUCAUAGCGGAGAUCGGACAGAAUCACCAGGGAGACAUCGAGAUAGCCAAGAAAAUGAUCAAAAUGGCAAAGGACUGUGGUGCCGAUUGUGCCAAAUUCCAGAAGAGCGAACUGGAGCACAAAUUCAACAAGCGAGCCUUGGAGCGCCCGUACAACUCUGUUCACUCCUGGGGAAAAACUUACGGUGACCACAAGCGUCAUCUGGAGUUUAGCCACGAGCAGUACAGGGAGCUGCAGAAAUAUGCUGAGGAGGUGGGGAUCUACUUCACGGCCUCUGGGAUGGAUGAGAUGGCUGUGGAGUUCCUCCAUGAGCUCAAUGUGCCUUUCUUUAAAGUCGCCUCUUUAGACGCCAACAACUUCCCCUAUCUGGAGAAUAUUGCCAAGAAAGGACGGCCCAUGGUGGUGUCCAGUGGGAUGCAGAGCAUGGAGACGAUGCGUCGGGUUUACAAAACAGUGAAGGAGCACAACCCAAAUUUCACCAUCCUGCAGUGCACCAGCGCCUACCCUCUGGAAGCCGAGGACGUCAACCUCCGAGUUAUAACGGAAUACCAGAAGGAAUUUCCCGACAUUCCCAUCGGGUAUUCCGGUCACGAGCCUGGGAUCAGUAUUUCGGUUGCGGCCGUAGCUCUGGGAGCAAAGGUCAUCGAGCGCCACGUAACCUUAGACAAGACGUGGAAAGGAAAUGACCACUCAGCCUCGCUGGUGCCCAGUGAGCUAACCGAGCUGGUUCGUUCCAUCCGACUGGUGGAGAGGUCGAUGGGGGACGGCGUCAAGAAGAUGUUACUCUGUGAGAAGCCGUGCCACGAUAAGCUGGGUAAGUCCUUGGUGGCCAAAGUCAGGAUCCCCAAAGGAACCGUCCUGACUCAAGACAUGUUAACGGUCAAGGUGGCCGAGCCCAUGGGCGUAGCGGCCGAGGACAUCUUCCUAGUGGUCGGUAAGACCGUGACGGCGGACGUGGAGGAGGACGAGAGCGUCCUGCCAGAGGUGGUGAAUGAGUACUCCAAGAAGUGCUGA